AUGGAUUUCUUGGAAAAGCUCAGGUUGUUUUUGGAGAACGUGAAGAUAACUUAUGUUUUCUCUCCAUGCACUGUAAAUAGUGAUUCCAGAGAACUAAACGUGAAAAAUGACUAUAUGUUAGAAAUAGCAGAUCAAGUGGACCAGGAAAUUGCUUUGAAACUAGGUUGCCUUGAAAUCCGGAGAUCCUACGGAGAGAUGAGAGGCAAUGCAUUAGAAAAGAAGUCCAACUAUGAAGUAUUAGAGAAAGAUGUUGGUUUGAGAAGGUUUUUCCCGAAGAGUUUACUAGAUUCAGUAAAGGCCAAAACACUACGAAAAUUAAUCCAACAAACGUUUCGACAGUUUGCCAACCUCAACAGAGAAGAAAGUAUUCUGAAGUUCUUUGAGAUCCUCUCUCCAGUGUACAGAUUUGACAAGGAAUGCUUCAAGUGUGCUCUUGGUUCAAGCUGGAUUAUUUCAGUGGAACUGGCAAUUGGUCCGGAAGAAGGAAUCAGUUACCUUACAGACAAGGGGGCAAAUCCAACUCAUCUCGCAGACUUCAAUCAAGUGCAAACUAUUCAGUAUUCAAACAGUGAAGACAAGGACAGAAAAGGGAUGUUGCAACUCAAAAUAGCAGGUGCCCCUGAGCCUCUGACAGUGACAGCACCAUCCUUAACCAUUGCAGAGAAUAUGGCUGACUUGAUAGACGGAUAUUGCCGGCUGGUGAAUGGAGCUACGCAAUCUUUUAUCAUCAGGCCACAGAAAGAAGGUGAAAGAGCUUUACCAUCGAUACCAAAGCUGGCCAACAAUGAGAAGCAAGGAGUAAGGUCACACACGGUCUCUGUGUCAGGAGUCAAUCACUGUCAGCAUAAAGUAAAGAAAGCUAGACGCUUUCUCCCUUUCGUCUUCUGUUCCCAUGAGUCGCCGCCUAAGGAUGAAAUUAGUGGGGACGAGACAGAUGACUAUGCAGAGAUUAUAGAUGAAGAAGAUACUUACACAAUGCCAUCAAAAAGCUAUGGAAUAGAUGAAGCCAGAGAUUAUGAAAUUCAAAGGGAGAGAAUUGAGCUGGGGCGCUGCAUUGGCGAAGGACAGUUUGGAGAUGUACACCAAGGAGUUUACAUGAGUCCGGAGAAUCCAGCUAUGGCCGUUGCAAUCAAAACAUGUAAAAACUGCACCUCAGACAGCGUUAGAGAAAAAUUCUUACAAGAAGCCUUAACAAUGCGUCAGUUCGAUCAUCCUCACAUUGUGAAGCUCAUUGGAGUUAUUACAGAAAACCCAGUUUGGAUAAUCAUGGAGCUCUGUACUCUUGGAGAGUUGAGAUCGUUUUUGCAAGUGAGAAAAUACAGCUUGGAUCUGGCCUCUCUGAUACUCUACGCUUACCAGCUUAGCACAGCACUUGCCUACUUAGAGAGCAAAAGAUUUGUACAUAGGGAUAUUGCUGCUAGAAAUGUGCUGGUAUCUGCCACUGACUGUGUGAAAUUAGGUGACUUUGGUUUAUCCAGAUACAUGGAAGACAGUACUUACUAUAAAGCUUCCAAAGGAAAAUUGCCUAUCAAAUGGAUGGCUCCAGAGUCAAUCAACUUCCGACGGUUUACCUCAGCUAGCGAUGUGUGGAUGUUUGGUGUGUGUAUGUGGGAGAUCCUAAUGCAUGGGGUAAAGCCCUUCCAGGGAGUGAAGAACAAUGAUGUGAUUGGGCGAAUUGAGAACGGUGAGCGGCUCCCAAUGCCUCCAAACUGCCCUCCUACCCUCUACAGCCUUAUGACCAAGUGCUGGGCAUACGACCCUAGUAGACGACCCAGGUUUACUGAACUUAAAGCACAACUCAGUACAAUACUGGAGGAAGAGAAGCUGCAGCAAGAAGAACGAAUGAGAAUGGAAUCCAGGCGACAAGUCACAGUAUCCUGGGACUCAGGAGGAUCAGAUGAAGCUCCUCCCAAGCCCAGUAGGCCUGGUUACCCCAGUCCGAGAUCCAGUGAAGGGUUUUAUCCAAGUCCCCAGCAUAUGGUACAGCCAAAUCAUUACCAGGUGUCUGGCUACCCUGGUUCUCAUGGAAUACCAGCCAUGGCAGGCAGCAUCUAUCCAGGGCAGGCUUCUCUCUUGGAUCAGACAGAUUCCUGGAACCAUCGGCCUCAGGAAAUAUCAGUGUGGCAACCAAACAUGGAGGAUUCGGGCACUUUGGACAUACGAGGAAUGAGCCAGGUUCUCCCCACACAUCUUAUGGAGGAGAGAUUGAUACGACAACAACAAGAGAUGGAAGAAGAUCAGCGCUGGCUUGAAAAAGAGGAACGCUUCCUGAAACCCGACGUGCGGCUCUCCAGAAGCAGCAUCGACCGAGAGGAUGGAGGUCUCCAGGGCCCAGCUGGUAACCAGCACAUAUAUCAGCCUGUGGGCAAACCAGAUCACGCAGCUCCGCCAAAGAAGCCUCCUCGCCCGGGAGCCCCCGGGCACUUGGGCAGCCUCGCCAGCCUCAACAGCCCCGUGGACAGCUACAACGAAGGGGUGAAGCCAUGGAGGAUCCAGCCACAGGAGAUCAGCCCUCCUCCCACUGCCAACCUGGACCGCUCCAACGACAAAGUGUACGAGAACGUGACGGGGCUGGUGAAAGCCGUGAUAGAAAUGUCCAGCAAAAUCCAGCCCGCGCCGCCGGAGGAGUACGUGCCCAUGGUGAAGGAGGUGGGUUUGGCACUAAGAACUUUACUGGCAACAGUGGAUGAGACCCUCCCCGUGCUUCCUGCCAGCACCCACAGGGAGAUCGAGAUGGCGCAGAAGCUGCUCAACUCGGACUUGGCCGAGCUCAUCAACAAGAUGAAGCUGGCGCAGCAGUACGUCAUGACCAGCCUGCAGCAGGAGUACAAGAAGCAAAUGCUGACGGCUGCUCACGCUCUGGCUGUGGAUGCCAAAAACUUGCUGGAUGUUAUUGAUCAAGCCAGGCUGAAAAUGAUCAGUCAGUCCAGACCGCACUAAAGCACCGAGGGGAGAGUUUCAUCCGGGAAUUCUGCUUGCGAAAGGAUGUCGUUGGCCUUCCACCGGCAGCGAGGAUUAACCCAGCAUCGGCCUGGCUCUCCAGCGCCUCUUGCUUCAGCAGCCCUCACUGGUGGUUCUCUCUCUCUCUCUCUUGACAAACGUUUAACCAAGUUUUUCUCACAAAGCCAAGCUGG